CGUGUAUCCGGGACACUACAUCCUGAACGUGGCAAAAUUUCUUAAAAUUUGUUGAUAAAAGUGUGAUUUUCUAAGUAAUUACAUCAAUUAAAGUUUAGUACAAAUGUUGAUGUAAGAUGAGUCAGUUUGGCGGUCAAAAUUAUAAUCAGGGGCCACCUCCGAACCAGUAUGGAGCCCCACCUGGUGGCCAAAUGAUGCCUCCACCUGGCCCCCCUCCUGGAGGGCAAGGACAACCCCCUCCUAUGGGUGGACAACCAAUGUACAAUGGGGUUCAGCACAGACCACCUGGUGCUGGUCAAUAUGGUCCCCCACCCCCUGGUCCCCCUGGUAAAGGUGCACCACCACCAGGUCCUCCUACACAGAAUGGACCAGCCCAGCCACCUGGACAAUUUGGUGGACCUCCGGGGCCUCCUGGAGCACAAGGAUUCCCACCUAGAGGUGCUCCCCAAGGACAGAGACCCCCACCCCCUGGACAGAUGAACUCACCCCCUGGGCAAAGACCUCCACCCCCAGGUGCUAAUCAAUUACCAAAUCAGAUGAACUCUAUGUCUCUAUCUGGACCACCAUCUGGUCCUCCAAUGGGUGCUCCCCCAUCAUCCCAGCCUGGACCUUAUGGGCCCCCUACAUCAAUGGGACCCCCUAGUUCACAACCUGGACAAUUCAGUCCUCCCACUUCACAACCUGGACAAUUUGGAGCCCCUCCCACUUCACAACCUGGACAAUUUGGAGCCCCUCCCACUUCACAACCUGGACAAUUUGGAGCCCCUCCUACUUCACAACCUGGGCAAUUUGGAGCCCCUCCCACUUCACAACCUGGGCAAUUUGGAGCCCCUCCCACUUCACAACCUGGGCAAUUUGGAGCCCCUCCCACUUCACAACCUGGGCAAUUUGGAGCCCCUCCUACUUCACAACCUGGGCAAUUUGGAGCUCCUCCCACUUCACAACCUGGGCAAUUUGGAGCUCCUCCAACUUCACAACCUGGGCAAUUUGGAGCUCCUCCCACUUCACAACCUGGGCAAUUUGGAGCUCCUCCCACUUCACAACCUGGACAGUUUGGAGCUCCACCAUCAUCACAACCUGGUGCUCCUCCCCCAAUGGGCCCUCCGGGCUCUCAACCUGGCCAGUUUGGAGGUCCUCCAGCAAUGCCCCCAGGCCAGGGAAUGCCGCCACCCCAAGGGCAAGGUAUGCCACCACCCCCUGGUCCUCAAGGACAAUCCAACCAGAUGAGAGGUGCACCCCCACCACCAAACUCUAUGGGGAACUACACUGGUGCUCCUCCCCAGGCACCUGGCUACCAACAACAGGCCCCUGGGGGGUUCCCUCAACAACCUGGGUUUGGGCAGGCCCCAGCUUCAAGUGGUCCUUCUCAACAACCAAGGAGACUUGACCCCGACCAGAUGCCAAGUCCAAUCCAAGUUAUUGAAGAUGAUAGAAAGAACAGGACUGGGAUGUUUCCUACUGGUGUACGUGGGACAGUACCUCCUUUGGUCACUACUGACUUUACAGUACAAGAUCAAGGUAAUUGCAGUCCAAGAUUUAUCAGGUCAACUAUGUACAACAUCCCCUGUACACAAGAUAUGUUGAAGCAGUCUCACAUCCCCAUUGGAUUGUCUAUCAGCCCUCUGGCACGCUUGCAUGAUGAUGAGCAACAACCUCCAAUCGUAGACUUGGGUGAGUUAGGCCCAGUACGUUGUAAUAGGUGUAAGGCCUACAUGUGCCCACAGAUGACAUUCAUUGAUGGAGGACGCAGAUUCCAAUGUGCAUUUUGUAGCUGUUCAACUGAAGUGCCACCUGAAUACUUCGCUCAUCUGGACCACACUGGGAAACGUACAGAUUGUUUUGACAGGGCAGAACUUUGUCUCGGCUCCUAUGAGAUGGUGGCCACCAAAGAUUAUUGUAAGAAUGGAGAAUGGCCUAAGCCACCUGCAUUUAUCUUUAUGAUAGAUGUGUCAUAUAAUGCAGUAAAGAAUGGCCUUGUGCAGCUGCUUUGCAGUAGACUCAAGCAAGAUGUUCUUGUCAAUUUACCAAAAGAAGCGGGUGCCUCAGAAUCUGAAAUUCGAGUGGGAUUUGUAACAUAUAGCAAUGUGCUUCACUUCUAUAAUGUGAAGGGCUGCUUAGCACAACCACAAAUGAUGGUGGUGUCAGAUGUCCAGGAUGUGUUCUUGCCCCUAUUAGAUGGUUUCCUUGUAAAACUCUCUGAGGCGGAAGCUGUGAUUGACAGUCUAUUAGAACAAAUCCCUCAGAUGUUUGCAGAAAGUCGAGAAACUGAGAUAGUCCUUGGGCCAGUUAUUCAAGCAGGUCUUGAUGCUCUGAAAUCUGCCGACUGCGCUGGAAAACUGUUCAUAUUUCAUUCAUCGUUACCAAUAGGAGAGGCCCCUGGGAAAUUAAAGAAUCGUGAUGAUAGAAAAUUACUUGGAAGUGAGAAAGAAAAAACUCUACUAGGCCCACAGUCAAACUUCUACACAAAACUUGGCCAGGACUGUGUAGCUGCAGGGUGUGGAGUAGAUAUUUUCCUCUUCCCCAACUCAUACACAGAUAUAGCCACCAUUGGUGAAGUCUGUCGCCUGACAGGUGGACAGAUGUUCAAAUAUACAUACUUUCAGGCUGAUCUUGAUGGGUCACGUUUUAUUGAGGAUCUACAGAGAAACAUUAGUCGACCAAUCGCAUUUGAUGCGAUCAUGAGAGUCAGAACCAGCACAGGAAUCAGGCCAACAGAUUUCCUUGGUAACUUCUACAUGUCAAACACCACGGAUAUAGAGCUAGCCGUGAUAGACUGUGAUAAAGCUGUGAGUUUGGAAAUAAAACAUGAUGAUAAAUUACAAGAAUCCGAAGGUGCUUUUAUACAAGCAGCCAUAUUAUAUACCACCAUCAGUGGUCAGAGAAGGUUGCUGAUACACAAUUUAGCAUUGAGCUGUUGUACACAGUUUGCAGACCUCUUUAGGAACUGUGAACUAGAUGUCACAAUUAACUGUAUGGCAAAAUUAGCUAUAAGAAACACACUGACCAGUAACCCUAAGGCUAUUAGAGAGCACUUGAUGGAUCAAUGUGCCAAUAUCCUUGCAUGCUACAGGAAGAAUUGUGCUAGUCCCUCAUCAGCCGGUCAACUCAUUUUGCCAGAGUGUAUGAAGCUGCUACCAGUCUACACAAAUUGUAUUAUAAAAAGUGAUGCUUUUCAAGGAGGUGGAGAGGUAUCAACAGAUGAUAGAAGUUUCCUGAUGUUACUAGUGAACUCAAUGGAUGUGGAAUCAACCUGUGUAUUCUUCUACCCAAGACUCUUACCAUUGCAUGAUGUUGAUGUAGACUCAUCCCAGUUACCGACUGCAAUACGUUGUUCUGCUGAGAGACUCAGGGACCAUGGCGUGUAUUUAUUAGAAAAUGGAGUCUCCAUGUUCCUUUGGGUUGGUAUGAAUGCAGCUCCAGACUGGGUACAGAAUGUGUUUGGGGUACAAUCCGUUGCCCAGAUUGACAUAGACAAGACACAAAUAUUAGAUCUCGAUACUCCACUUUCACAGAGGAUACGAGGAAUUAUCAAAAAAAUUAGAGAUCAACGACAACGGCAUAUGAAAUUGACAAUAGUUAGACAAAGAGACAAACUAGACCCAUGGUUCCAUCAUUUCUUAGUAGAAGACAAAGGUACCAAUGGUACAGCUUCCUAUGUAGACUUUUUAUGCCACAUACAUAAAGAGAUUCGCAAUAUUUUAAAUUAGGACCCCUUAGGAUGUGCAGUAUUAUUAUCAAGUUGGUGUUAGUCGAUUGUAAAUGGCAAAACUGUGUGGAUUAACCUUUAUGCUAAUGAACUAUCAAAAAUUACUAAAAUGCAAACAGAAACUGAGCUGAAGUAUAGCACUCGUAAGCACUCGUAAGCACUCGUGUUUUUUAUUGCUCUGUGCUGUUCCAGCAGUCAUUUUGAAACUUGGUGGCAUUUGACCUCUGUAAUGAUUUUAUAUGUGUUUACCCAACAGUAUAACCAUAUAGCAUAUCAAUGGGCUAUCUUUGGUCCUUUUGUCUAAGAUGACAUCUUGGCAGGUGAUUCUUUAUUGAAUCUUUUAGCUCUGAGUUUUGAGAGGCCAUUACUCAAAGAAAAUAUUGUGAAGUACCAUCACUUUUCAUUCAGUAUUUAUAAAAGAGUCAAGGAAUAAAACUACAGGGUGUCCGAUAUACAGGAUUUCAAAUCUACUUGUCAAAAUUGAAUUAUAGACCAAAUGUCAUUCUUACCUCAUAUUUUCUAUACUACAGUACACUUGCUAACUUUACAAACAGUUCUGUAUUAAUUAAACCAUGGAUCAAUGCUUAUGUUGCACAAUUUACAACAUGAGCUAAUGAAACUCUUGUCAGUGUCACUUGGUAUACAAUAUAGUCUGAACAACUGAAUGACAACUUCUCAGAAGUAUUUGCAGUGAAUUAAUUUGCAACCGAGGUUUGCAUAAUGUGCCAACUAUGACAAGUCAUCUUGAUCUUAGACUAUUGCGGAAGUUCCUGUGACCAUUUGGCUGCUUUCUCCAAAUUGUGUUUUGUUAGUUUAUGUAAACUAGUCCAUACUGGAAUAUACAGCAU